AAAGAGCCACGACUGGCAACAACAGGAUUACAGACUAACUGCUGUCCUUGUGGACUAAUAAAACGUUUGCAGUACUCCAGAAACGGAGUCCACUGCUUUGAACUGCUGCUUUCAGAGACGCUAUCAGGGAGGACGGCCACCCUUCCUACAUCAUGAGUACCCGUGGGACAGGCAGGGCCAAUGGGAACCUACCGCAGACCAAGAUCUGCCAGUUUAAACUGGUGCUGCUGGGAGACAUGGCCGUCGGCAAGUCCAGCCUGGUGCUGCGCUUUGUGAAGGGACAGUUUGAUGAGUUUCAGGAGACCACCAUUGGAGCUGCAUUCUUGGCCCAGUCUGUUUGUCUGGACGACACUACAGUGAAGUUUGAGAUUUGGGACACAGCCGGACAAGAGCGCUACCACAGCUUGGCUCCCAUGUACUACCGUGGAGCCCAGGCAGCCAUUGUAGUGUUUGAUAUCACUAAACCUGAAACAUUUGAGCGAGCAAAAGCAUGGGUGAAAGAGCUGCAGCGGCAGGCCAGUCCCAACAUAGUCAUUGCUCUUGCAGGAAACAAAGCCGAUCUAGCAGACAAGAGACUUGUGGAGUAUGAGGAAGCCCAGACAUAUGCAGAAGACACAGGUUUACUGUUCAUGGAAACCUCUGCCAAGACUGCAAUGAAUGUAAACGAGUUGUUCCUGGCCAUUGCAAAAAAGAUGCCAAAAACAGACACCCAAAACCCUACGCAUGCUGCGCGACACAGGGGCGUGAACCUGCAGGACCCAGACGCACAGUCCACUCGAAGCUGCUGUGGGAACUAAAGGCCUGUCAACACUCCAUCAUGGGAGACCACGACACCUUCUCCUCCCUAAAAUCCCACCCUUCACCCUUUCACCUCCCAAGACGGAUACGGAAAGAGAAAGAAAGAGAAAGGAAUACCAGGAAGAGCUUGAGGAAAACGCCUCACUCGUGCCACAAAGAGAUUUUUCAAGGAAGACUUCUGGUGGACGGGGCUGAAAGCGAACGGACGAUGGACUCUGUCAUGUCUGGCAGUAAAUAUGGAUUCUGUAUUACUUUCAAGUCAACAAGAAUUUCCACCUCAGUUCAUCCUCAUUAUGCAAGCACCAUGUAGAGAUAAAGGAUUGGAAAAGAGAUAAAGGAACACAGAAUGGACUGAAGAGUUAUUAUUAACCAACAAACCUUCCCAUUCUCAGCCCCUGGAAGGGUCCGUAAUGCCCCUUUUAACAUUCAGAAGUCUUCAAGCGAAAUCUACACUGAGUAUCCAUAUGGUCUGGGCUCUCCCAUUUAAUCUCAACUCUAACACUGGAAGAAAGUCAGCACCUUAAACUUAAACUAACCCUUCAGUUAUUCAUCUAUGAGCCACAUCUACUAAAUUUCUAACACAAAGGAACACCGAAGCAGAACUUCAUAUGUUUUAUUUCAGCUUUAUUUAUUACCUUUGUUUGAACUGGUCUCCCUUUGCGCAGCUCGUCAUUCAUCUAUGACCCAAAAAGUAUUGAAGAAAGUCAAUGUUGUCUUCCCUAUCCCAUUUACUUCUCCCCACAGCAUUGACCUCAAAGUUCAGUGUUGAUGUUCACAAAACAACAGCGAGCUCUACGAUGCCUUCUUAAUCUUCUUUUAGCUUUGUGUAAACUACUGUUUGAGAGUCAACAAAUUAUUACAUAUAUUUGCACCAAUCAGACGGAUCCAAAAUCAUUUUGCUUCAUGAUUAAUUGCAAAAUAUCAUUACACAUUUAGUUGUCUGGAUGCGGAAGUCAAACAACACCAGUCUCAAUAUGUGUUAUUAAAAAGCAACAAAAAAUAUUCAAGCACCCACUAAUCAACAAAGUGAAUGAUUGAGCACUGGGAUGGCAAAUAUUGUGGAGAUGCAGAUUUUUGCCCACAAAGCCCCUGAAAAAGUGGAAAAAAACAGAAGUGCCUACUCCGUUUUUUCCGUGUUCUUUGUUUUGGGCUUGAUUGAGGUCGGCUGACCAUCUUAAAAGUAGCGGUUUUGAGACGAUCCCGGAGUAUACGGGCAAUAAGCUGUGAGAAUAACUUGCGGAGCGUGCUAGUAAACAGAGGAGUCGUUUCAGUUUUGUUUUAUGAAUGCUGUUUGUUGAUGUGUUUUAAAAAUCAUUUUAUUUCAGAUUGAUUUUAGUCAGUAAUUUAAUGGGUUACCAAUACAUUUAUAUGGUCAUUUAGGGAAAGAAUUAGGUAUCAUGAUAAGGUGUCACACAGCUAGAAGUCAUUUGUCAUGUGUCUUCAGGUCCACCUUUUUUGUGGAAUAAGAUCUGAUCUCGUUAACACCUCUGUCAAUUUUAAAUAAAGCUGUGCUGUUCUGCUAUGAAUGAAA